AUGAUUCUCUUUUUCUACAUUUUUUACAAAGAUAUUGAAUCAAACUGCUACUCAAGUGAUGGUAAAACACUUAUUCAAGUUACUGAUCCUUCACCUCAUCUCAGAAUAUCAGCCAGCUGUGAAGUCAUAAAUGACAGUUGCUUUAGUUUUCUAAAUUCUUUAGCUACAUUUACAUUUGCAGACACUCCUAACUUAACAACAAUAGCAAAAUUAAGUUUUAGUGAAUGUGUAAAUCUUACAAUUAUUAAUUUAACAAUGUGCAGCAAACUUAAAAUAAUAGAAGCAUGUGCAUUUUAUGGCUGUGAAAAAGUUUCACAGAUUCUUUUGCCAGACUAG